GGUAUUGCUGGGACGGAUGUAGCAAAAGAAGCGUCUGAUAUCAUUUUGACUGAUGACAACUUCACAUCAAUCGUGCAAGCGGUUAAGUGGGGUCGUAACGUAUAUGACUCAAUCUCGAAAUUUCUCCAGUUUCAAUUGACCGUGAAUGUGGUUGCCGUAAUGACUGCUUUUGUUGGUGCUUGUACGGUGUCCGAUUCACCGCUUAAAGCCGUUCAUAUGCUAUGGAUCAAUCUCAUUAUGGACACACUGGCGUCGUUGGCGCUGGCCACCGAAAGACCAACUGAUGAUUUGUUGAAUCGAAAACCGUAUGGUCGUAACAAGUCGUUGAUCUCACGAACGAUGGUCAAAAACAUUGCAUCGCAUGCAAUCUAUCAGAUGAUCAUUCUUUUCACACUUUUCUUUUACGGACAUCGACUUUUUGGUAUUAAGAGUGGUCUAUACGCGGCACUGUUUGCACCGCCCAGUCAACAUUUUACGAUUGUAUUCAACACGUUCGUAUUGAUGACAUUAUUCAAUGAAAUAAACUCGAGAAAAGUGCACAACGAACGGAAUGUUUUGAAGGUUUGA